AUGGUGCCCUGCUGGAACCACGGCAACAUCACGCGCUCCAAGGCGGAGGAGCUGCUCUCCAGGACCGGCAAGGACGGGAGCUUCCUCGUGCGCGCCAGCGAGUCCAUCUCCAGGGCGUAUGCGCUCUGUGUGCUGUAUCGGAAUUGCGUCUAUACCUACAGAAUCCUGCCCAACGAAGAUGACAAGUUCACUGUGCAGGCGUCCGAAGGUGUCCCCAUGAGGUUCUUCACCAAGCUGGACCAGCUCAUCGAGUUCUACAAGAAAGAAAACAUGGGGCUGGUGACGCACCUGCAGUACCCCGUGCCCCUGGAGGAGGAGGACGCCGGCGACGAGCCCGAGGAGGACACAGAGAGCGUCAUGUCCCCGCCGGAGCUGCCCCCGAGAAACAUCCCUCUGUCUGCCGGGCCCUGUGAGCCCAAGGAGCUUCCUCUUUUGGUGGAGAAUUCCCGAGCCCCUGAGGUCAGCCGGCCGAGCCUCUCGGAAAUGCUGCUCCAGCGACUGCAGAGCAUGGAUACCAGUGGGCUUCCAGAAGAGCACCUUAAAGCCAUCCAGGAUUACCUGGGCACUCAGCUCCCGCUGGACUCGGAAUUUGUGAAGACAGGCUCCGGCAGCCUUCCUCAUCUCAAGAAGCUGACCACGCUGCUCUGCAGGGAGCUUUAUGGAGAAGUUGUUCGGACCCUCCCGUCCCUGGAGUCUCUGCAGAGACUGUUUGACCAGCAGCUGUCCCCCGGCCUCCGUCCCCGUCCUCAGGUGCCCGGGGAGGCCAACGUGGUCAACAUGGUGGCCAAGCUGAGCCAGCUGACGAGUGUGCUGUCAUCCAUUGAGGAUAAGGUCAAGGCUUUGCUGAACGAGGGGCCCGAGUCCUCCCACCGGCGGUCCCUCAUCCCGCCAGUCACCUUCGAGGUGAAGUCGGAGUCUCUGGGACUUCCUCAGAAGAUGCAGCUGAAAGUGGACGUGGAGUCUGGGAAACUGAUCGUAAAGAAGUCCAAGGACGGCUCGGAGGACAAGUUCUACAGCCACAAGAAAAUCCUGCAGCUGAUCAAGUCGCAGAAGUUUCUGAACAAGUUGGUGAUUCUGGUGGAAACAGAGAAGGAGAAGAUCCAACGGAAGGAAUACGUCUUCGCUGACUCCAAAAAGAGAGAAGGCUUCUGCCAGCUGCUGCAGCAGAUGAAGAACAAGCACUCGGAGCAGCCCGAGCCCGACAUGAUCACCAUCUUCAUCGGCACCUGGAACAUGGGUAACGCCCCCCCUCCCAAGAAGAUCACGUCCUGGUUUCUCUCCAAGGGGCAGGGAAAGACUCGGGACGACUCCGCUGACUACAUCCCCCACGACAUCUACGUGAUCGGCACCCAGGAGGACCCCCUGGGGGAGAAGGAGUGGCUGGAGAUACUCAGGCACUCCCUGCAAGAAAUCACCAGCAUGACCUUUAAAACUGUCGCCAUCCACACCCUCUGGAACAUCCGCAUCGUGGUGCUGGCCAAGCCGGAGCAUGAGAACCGCAUCAGCCACAUCUGUACGGACAACGUGAAGACGGGCAUCGCGAACACACUGGGGAAUAAAGGAGCCGUGGGGGUGUCAUUCAUGUUCAACGGGACUUCCCUGGGGUUCGUCAACAGCCACUUGACUUCCGGAAGCGAGAAGAAGCUCAGGCGAAACCAGAACUACAUGAACAUUCUCCGGUUCCUGGCCCUGGGAGACAAGAAGCUGAGUCCCUUUAACAUCACCCACCGCUUCACCCACCUCUUCUGGCUCGGGGAUCUCAACUACCGCGUGGAGCUGCCCACCUGGGAGGCAGAGACCAUCAUCCAGAAAAUCAAACAGCAGCAGUACACAGACCUCCUGACCCACGACCAGCUGCUCACCGAGAGGAAGGAGCAGAAAGUCUUCCUGCACUUCGAGGAAGAGGAGAUCACGUUCGCGCCGACCUACCGCUUCGAGAGACUGACACGGGAUAGAUACGCCUACACAAAGCAGAAGGCCACAGGGAUGAAGUACAACUUGCCCUCCUGGUGUGACCGCGUCCUCUGGAAGUCUUACCCACUGGUGCACGUGGUGUGUCAGUCCUACGGCAGCACAAGCGACAUCAUGACAAGUGACCACAGCCCUGUCUUUGCCACGUUUGAGGCAGGAGUCACCUCCCAGUUUGUCUCCAAGAAUGGUCCCGGGACGGUUGACAGCCAAGGGCAGAUCGAGUUUCUCAGGUGCUACGCCACGUUGAAGACCAAGUCCCAGACCAAGUUCUACCUGGAGUUCCACUCGAGCUGCCUGGAGAGUUUCGUCAAGAGCCAGGAAGGAGAAAAUGAAGAAGGCAGUGAGGGGGAGCUGGUGGUGAAGUUUGGCGAGUCCCUUCCCAAGCUGACACCCAUUAUCUCCGACCCCGAGUACCUGCUGGACCAGCACGUCCUCAUUAGCAUUAAGUCUUGCGACAGCGAUGAGUCCUACGGUGAGGGCUGCAUCGCUCUCCGGCUGGAGGCCACCGAGACGCCGCUGGCCACCCACACGCCGCUCACGCACCACGGGGAGAUGACCGGCCACUUCCACGGGGAGAUCAAGCUGCAGACGGCUCAGGGCAAGAAGCGGGAGAAGCUGUACGACUUUGUGAAGACAGAGCGGGAUGACGCCAGCGGGCUGAAGUCCCUGAAGAGCCUCACCAGCCACGACCCCAUGAAGCAGUGGGAGCCAGCCAGCAGGGCUCCUCCAUGCAGUGGCUCCAACAUCACCGAAAUCAUCAACCCCAACUACAUGGGGAUGGGGCCCUUUGGGCAGCCAGUACCCCUGCCCGGGAAGCAGACGCUGUCCCCUGACCAGCAACUCACAGCCUGGAGCUAUGACCAGCCGCCCAAGGACUCCUCACUGGGGCCCGGCAGGGGUGAGAGCCCUCCGACACCUCCCUCCCAGCCACCCCUGUCGCCAAAGAAGUUCUCAUCGUCAGCGGCAAACCGGGGUCCCUGUCUCAGGACGCAGGAGUCAAGGCCUGGCGAUCUGGGGAAGAGCACAGCCGAAGUGUCCCCGCACGAGGACCUGCAGCCGACCAAGCCGGAGAUGUUCGAGAACCCGCUGUACGGCUCCGUGAGCUCCUUCCCUAAGCCGGCUCCCAGGAAAGAGCAGGAGUCCCCCAAGCCGCUGCGCAAGGAGCCCCCGGCCUGCCCAGACCCGGCGCUCCUGUCGCCCAGCAUUGUGCUCACCAAAGCCCAGGAAGCCGAGGGCAGCAAGGGCCCCGGCAAGCAGGCCCCCAUGCCCUUCCUCAGCCCGGCGCCCCGGCUACGCUCUUUCACCUGCUCCUCCUCCGCCGCCGAGGGCAGGCCGGCCAGUGGGGACAAGAGCCAGGGGAAGCCCAAGGCCCCCGCCAGCUCCCAGGCCCCAGUGCCAGCCAAGAGGCCCAUCAAGCCUUCCAGGUCGGAGAUGGGCCAGCAGCCCGCAGCCACGCCGAUACCACCCACCCCGUCCCCGAGGCCACCCCUGCCCGUCAAGAGCCCAGCAGUCCUGCACCUGCAGCACUCCAAGGGCCGCGACUACCGCGAGAACACGGAGCUCCCCCACCACGGCAAGCACCGGCCAGAGGAGGCGCCGCUCGGCAGGACUGCCAUGCAGUGAACCCUUGGGAAGCCGCUGGCGAUUCGGGUCAGGAGUCCACAGGAGCAGCAGGCGCCACCCACAGCCUCUUCUGAGACCUGCCAGCUCCUCCCACCCAGCUCCCCACGCCCGGCUUUGUAUGGUUUCAGGAAAGGGCCCAGCUUCUGAGAGGUGCAAGCCGUGGGCUGGCUGCGAGGCUGGGCGCCGCGUGCUGACAGUGGAGGAAAACACACACCCGAGGGCAGCGCACACCUGCACACCGGUCCCCAGCUCGGUCUUGGUACUCGGGACCCCUGCACCUUGUUCACGUCCCCGUAAGAAAGGACCCAAAGCACCGAUUCAAGGGUGGAGAGAUCAAUAAUAAUAAUAAUAUGAAUAUGAAUAAUAAUAAUGGCCACAUGGAUCGAGCACUCACUGUGUGCCACCUGCUUCCAGAACAUUCUGUCGGGACCCCCUCCAGGGCUGAGACUCCAGUCCACUAAGAACACGUGUCCAAACCCACCAGCUGAGAACUGUGUGUCCUGAGGGGUUUGCACAAAGCAUUAAGAAGGCCAGUGCCCUCCUAGAGCAAGGCUGGGGCUCAACCUUAGGGAACUGCAGGGUCCGAGCAGCUCAGUGAGGGUACAAAGGGCCUGGCCCUGUCUGGCUCCCCUGGUGCAGCUGCUUUAGCGAAAGCCCAGAGGGCCCGGCCCCUCAGAAGAGGAAGGGUCUGCCUGGUUCUCCAGUGCCUCAGGUGGCAGCUCCAACUCUCCAGCAGAGAGAUCUGGCCACAGCCCGAGGGCCAGCCAUACCAAGGCCUGUUCCGGGUAUCCGUGCCAGGUUGCCAUGUUCCCCUCGAAGUGGGCAGCCACCACCAGGCCACAGGCUGAGCCAAGCCCCUGCCACUCACUCUCUGUCCCAGCGCCAGGCAGCUGCUGCUCCUGAGAGCCCAGCUCUGCAGCCUGGUUGCCUGGUAGGGUGGGCAGCUCGGUUCCAGGCUCCCGAAAUAGAACAACCUCUUCUUGCUGAGCUCCGCGGCUUCCAGCCCUGCUUCCUUGGUUACUAGAAGAAUAGGUUGGUGACAGCUCUUCUUGUACUGCUUUUUGACAUAACAGAGUUAAGGUAGGAAACCCAACCCAGUGUGUUGUGUGUGAGUGUGUGUGUGUGUGUGCGUGCAGAGGAGGGUCCAUACCCCAUGUGCUCAGGAGUCUCCAUCUGUGUGA